UUGACAUUUAAAUUCGAUUUUAAGGUUCCAAUAACAUCACGUGAUGAAGGAAAUUUGUUGCGAGAUGGUUAUUUAGAAGAAGUGGAAGAACUUUCAUUUUUUAUACAGCACAAUCUAACAGUACAAUGUGAUCUGAAGAGCUCUGGUUUUUGUUCAUUUCAAGAUAUUUGUUCGGGGAAUUGCAAUGAUAAUCAAGUGAUACCUAUAUUUCGACUAAUUUAUCGAAAUGAUUCAAGACGUUUUCAUCCAAAUUUUCGCCUCACAUAUCCCACAAUGCAUAUUUAUAAUGAUGAAUAUUAUAUAGGUGAACACUUCGCUGGAAUUUCAGUUAAUAGAACCACGAAUCGUAUCAGCAAAAUCAAAUUAGUAAUUUCAUUCCCAAAUUUAUUAAAAUUACACAUUAAAAAUUUUAAAAAUUCCUUUAGAUGGGAAAAAAAAUUGUUAUCAUAUGUGCAAUCAUUUCGACAUCCAUUUAUCAAUAUCAGUUGCAGCAGUGAUGGCUUAUUUUCGCAUGAAGUUCGUCGGAAUGGUAUUUCUUGUAUUCCCUACUUUAUUUUAUCGGUUACAGCCGUAUUUUCGUUUAUUCUCAUUACUAAUCAAAGAUCGAAUAUCAGUGAAGGUUUAUUCAUCGCUUUCGUUGGUACCAUUGGACCAUUAAUGGCUAUUUGUACAACAUUUACAGUACUAUUAGCUAUUGGCAACGAAUUUAAUUCAAUAACAUUGGUUGUACCAUUUUUAAUUAUGGGAGUCGGAUGCGAUGACGUAUUUAUCAUUGUACAUGCAUGGCGUAAAACGAGUUCGAAUGACCUAAUUGUAACGACAAUGAGUGAAGCUGGUCCAUCAAUAACAGUGACCUCAGUUACAAAUGCACUAAGUUUUGGAAUUGGAAUUCUUACGAGUACACCUGCUAUACGCCUUUUUUGCAUAUACGCCACGCUUGGUGUACUUAUUGACUUCAUUUAUCAGAUAACUUUCUUUGGUGCAGCGAUGGUUUAUCAAGGUCCAAAAAGAAUUGUAAAUGAAUCAAAGGCCAGUGAUAACAAUCGAAUUAAUCGCUGGCGUUUGAUGGUAUUUGCCUUUGUCAUUACUUAUUGGUUGGUCUCUAUUUAUGGAUGCCUAACGAUGCCGGUUAAAAUGGAUAGCACUAAUCUACUUUUGCGCGAUUCUCCCUUGAACAACGUCGCAUGGCUGUACGAAAAAUAUUUAUGGAGUGAAGGGUCUUUGUUUUUUGUGUUCAUCAAUAAUCCACCAGAAUUACGUUACGAAAACAAUCGUAAUCGCAUGUUGAAUUUGGUCAAACGUUUUGAGACUUUGGAAUAUUCAAUGGGACACAAUUCAACGUCAAUAUGGCUUCGAUCAUUUCUUUCUCAAGCUUCGCUUUAUGAAAAUGAGCAAAAUAAUGACUUUUAUUUUCUCUUGGAUGAUUGGCUUACGGAUGAAGGAAGACGAUGGAACGAUUUCAUUCGAGUCGAACGUUUCAACCAAACUAUCAUUGGCAUUAAACGAUUCUUUUUCGCCACAGCAAUUGCCAUGGGAAAUCAUUCGUCAUGGGUACUUCGCGCUCGAUUACAAAAUGCAUGGCGAGAUUUGGCAUUUUUCUAUCAACAAUAUAAUGUGACUGUUUAUCAACCAUAUAGCUUCUAUGUUGACCAGCUAAAUUCGAUAAGGCCAACAAUGAUCAGUACAGUGAUAACAGCGAUGGUCGCUAUGGCAUUGAUUUGUUUUCUAACUAUUCCAUCAAAUUUAUCCAUUAUUUUUAGCUGCUUGGCGAUGUUGUCGAUAAACAUUGGAGUUUUUGGCGGCUUAUCUCUCUGGAAUGUUUGCUUGGAUCCUUUAACGAUGUGCACGACCCUUACCUCAAUCGGAUUUUCAGUUGAUUUCACAGUCCAUAUAUGUUACCAUUAUUAUCGGUGCUCGAGCAGCAAAAUUCCCGAAGAGAGACUUCGAGAUGCUUUAACAUCAAUCGGUUGGCCAAUGAUACAAGCAGGUCUGUCGACAGUACUCUGCGUUUCGCCGCUGCUUUUAGUCGAUUCUUAUAUGGUGUCAGUUUUUUUAAAGACCAUAUUCCUUGUAAUUUCUCUUGGACUAUUACAUGGGAUUUUGUUUCUUCCAUCUUUAUUGCUUACUGUUACACCACUAAAUAUCACUAAAAAAAAGAUUCAAAAUGAACCAGGAAAAAAAUUGAAAACACAUAUGGACUCCAAAAAUACUUUCGUCUCUCCAAACAGCAAUCCCAGUUUAAAACACCAGUUUAAAUUAACUUCAACUAAAUUACCUAGACUCAUUCACAACUCAUCGAUGUAA